AAGUAACAAGGCAAUCAACCUAUCUGUCGGCAACACUAUUGCUCUUUACCACGACUACGUCCAUAGGUUUGGUGUCACCGUCGGAUCUAUUGAAAAAUGAUCAGUAUUUUUUUUAUCAACUUUCACAAUAUAGUGACUACGACAAUUUCUGCACAAUUUCUUCGUACAAUUGCUUGACAUUCACAAACAUAUCACGUCUUAGUAUUGUAGUAAAACACAUCCGGAUUGUCUGUCACUUGUAUUACCAUCGAAAGUCUCCACGCAGAGGCUAUCAUGAAUCAUGAAGACGCAAAAUUUGAUUCGAAGUCGCAAAAGGGGCCGCAAGGUAAGACUUUUGUUGUUUUUAUGUUUGAGUAAUCCAGUAGGCAAUUUGUUUCUGGUUCAUGCAUUGCGUCUUCGUAGACUCUUUCUUUACUAAUUUCUUGUGUCGUGCACUGCACGAAAACAGCCCAGCUUUCCACAAAUGUUGCACCAUAUCCUCGAAGAGUCGGUCGUGAAGGGGACUAAUGAUAUUGUAGGAUGGAACAAAGAUGGGGCUUCUUUCUACAUAUCCAGUCCGGAAUAUUUCAACGAUUUUAUUCUUCCGAGGUAUUCAUCUUCAAACAAACGGACGAAAUUUAGAUCCUUCCAACGGCAACUAAACUUAUAUGGAUUUCGAAUGACCGGGAAAUCCUGUGUCUAUCACCACCACCUCUUCAAACGUAGAGAUAUGAACUCGAUCAGACAAAUACGUCCUGACACAAACAAGAAAAAAACGAUGAGGGAGAAGGCUUACAGAAAUGUAGAGAAGACGAUGGAAAAUUGUCUUAAAAUUCCAAGGACCUUAUCACUUGGGAGCUUUAGCGGCAAUGAGGGUGGGAUACUUCAAGAUUUGUUGGCAACUAAUAUAUUUGUCGACAAAAACGAACCYGAAUGUAAAGGAUCUACCAGCACUACUAACAGCACACUGAUCACUUCGGAAUUUUAUAAUUCUUCCUCUCGCMUCUCAGAUCAUGAACAUCUAGGCCACUUCGACAGCAAUAGUGUCGAGAGGGAGAAGGCUUACAGAAAUGUAGAGAAGACGAUGGAAAAUUGUCUUAAAAUUCCAAGGACCUUAUCACUUGGGAGCUUUAGCGGCAAUGAGGGUGGGAUACUUCAAGAUUUGUUGGCAACUAAUAUAUUUGUCGACAAAAACGAACCUGAAUGUAAAGGAUCUACCAGCACUACUAACAGCACACUGAUCACUUCGGAAUUUUACAAUUCUUCCUCUCGCAUCUCAGAUCAUGAACAUCUAGGCCACUUCGACAGCAAUAGUGUCGAUGUUGUCUCUCUCGAUACCCUCAGCGUAACGAGAGACAACGCAUUUGAUAUAUUUGAAGACUUUGAUGACUUUGAGGAUAUUUUCGAAUGCAAGUGCAAGGGCAGCGGACAUUGUUUUUUACGUAACUUGGACUMUUACAAUUAAUUGUUAUUUCUACGGGUUUCGUUUCUUCAUAGUUUCAUGGUCUAACCGUACAAUGCCGUGCAACAAAUAAUCAGAAUGCACAGAUUGGUAUGGAGGAAUCAGAGAAACUCAAGGUAUUACCAUUCGACAGAAGCCCCUUAAUGAAUGCGAAGGGCACGAUUGGCUCUAUUCCGCGAUGUUACUACGUAUUUUAAAAACCUAWGAAUCGGAACUUAACUCGACCUGUCCAUUGUCACUUAAUCCCUCGAUGCYGCUAUCGGAGGCAGUGGUAGUAAAUGAUCUAGUAAACUUGCCUUGAUGGGACAUGGAGGCAACAGGCUUUGUUUGAUAUGUCGUCUUUCCUCGUUCAAUUCACAAUCCAACUAAUUCGUAACUUKAGAAAAACAGUGUCAUGCGAACGACCGGAAAUCAAACAACCUGUUUGGUUUACUUAGUCUUUGUUGCCCUCAAUCUGUUAAAUAAAUAUUGAUAGAAUCCUUAAUGCGUGGUGUACAAUAAAGAGAGAGUUUAUUU